AUGGAACCUGCUACUGUCCGAGACCCAGCCAACGACUCGCAGUCAGUGCCGCAGCAGCCGAACUCACAAUCUGCAAAGCCGUCGUCGAGAAAGACACGGCAGAAGAAACAAACAGAUUCUUCGGAAUCUUCGCGCCCCGCGCCGAACUCCUCUAACUCCCGCCGACCAUCAGGCCGCCGGAGCAACAACAACACUACUACUACACAUCAACAAGACGCUGCGCGUUUUAGAGGCAUACCACUCCCUUCCUAUCCAACUCCUCUCCACUAUAUGAUGAAUCACAAUUAUCAUCCUAUGAAUCCAUCCCCUUUCACCCAACAACACCCUUCCGGGGGUUAUGCACCAACCGCCUCUGUGAAUGGCGCGAGCGGCCCUAGUAUGGCUAGUCACUCGUCUCAGUAUUAUCCUAUGCACCCGUCAUAUCCUCCCGCCCCACAUGGCUAUGCUCCGUAUUAUCCUCAACAAAUGAUGAUGUACGGUGCACCGCGCCCCAGCACGUCAGUGCCAGAACAGCCGCAAACAUCCACCGCACCGUCGCCCGCACCAGUCUCUGCUCCUGCAGCGAUUGGCAAACGAAAAAGAAAACUGGAGCCCUCGCGUCACAAAGUAACCGUAGAGAAGGAUUCGGAUCAAGAAGGCCCAUCAGGGAGCGAUGUUCCGGGAAAACAAAGCACUCCCACUGCGACCACACCGACAGCGUCUGAUUCAAAGAAGCGCACUAAAACACAGCGGGCUUGUGAUAGCUGCAGAAGUCGCAAAAUAAGAUGCGACGUCCUUGCAGAGUCGGAACCUCCACUGUGUCAGCACUGCAAACAAUAUGGGUUUGAGUGUACAUUCUUCCUACCCAUAACGGAAACCCGUUUCAAGAAAAAGAAAUUGGAAGAAGAGGCCGCAGAAAAAGAAAAGGAGAAGUCCACGGACACUCGACGAAAUACGUCGUCUCCUCAAGCCGAGUCUGGAGAUCGAAGAGUUUUCGGGCCGACGGCUGCUGUGCAUCUUCUGCAUUCACAACCCAUUAUCUCCUCUCGGAUAUACGAGUCUUAUGACCAACGUUAUCACCACACAUGGGAAAUAUCGAAAAACGGGGACGGCGUAAUUUCCGUCCAAAACCAUCCAGAGGACGAAAAACAAGUCUCUCAUCCAAAGCCCAUCGAUUUGCGGCUCGAACCCGAGGUCCUUCAAAACCUCCUUAAUGCUUAUUUCAAAGAGAUUGCUCCUCUCUUGCCUGUUGUAUCGCAAGCAGAAUUCCUGGCGAAUCCUUCCCCUUCUCCAAUCCUGUUGUAUUCUAUGUGUCUGGUUGCUGCUGCACGGAGGGAGGUGCCGCAGAGUGUCUUUGACUCGAUUCGAUAUGCGGUUAAUGGUGUAAUCAAAGCUGAAGAUGUUUUGUCUACGGCCUCCAUCGCGAACGUGCAAGCCUUACUUAUUCUUAGUAUGAUGGGUGAUAGCCAUUCUCAAUUCGUUCCGAAUGCUCUUUCGGCACUCUGGAUUCGGUUGGGUACGGCAAUCCGAAUGGCUCAAGACCUGGGGCUUCACAGGGCAGAGUCGGUGAAACAGAGCGUUGAACUACGAAGACGUUUGUGGGGUGCAUGUGUCAUCUGCGACCGAUGGACAAGUUUGACGUAUGGUCACCCGUACAUGAUUGAUGUGCAAGACUGCGAUGCUAGGCUUCCCUCGUCUGGCGAUCCUAAUGAUUUAUACAUGGACGAACUCGUCAGGUUGAGCGUGAUUUUGGGAAGGGUGCUCAAGACCAUCUACAGCCCGUCUGGUCUGAUGUUCACCACGGACGAGAUGCUGUAUAGCCUACUGUCCGACCUCGAGUCAUGGAAGACAAACCUCCCAGAGAACCUACAGUAUCGCGGUUCUGAUACUCCUCAAGAUGCGGGACUCUUGCAUCUUCUGUACUGCUCAGUGUGCAUGAUUUUCUGGCGGGUCUUCAUGCGCAUAUCCUAUGCUUGCCCUGCACAUUUGAAAUUCGGGUUAACCGUCGAGACAUGGACUUCUUUAGUUCAACUGACCAGCGAAUCGAUCGAUUGGCUCGAUACUCACGAGCGAAUGUACGAUGUUUGGCUGCUAGUCCCUUACGCGGCAACAUCCUGCGCACUUGUCCAGUAUCACACGUGGGCAAGACGGCAAGAUGCUGAAGCGGCUGCUAAGCUCAGAAAGCUCCGAGAUUGCGUACGAAGAUGGGAAGGUUCGAUUUCUCCUGACCACAUGUCUGCCCGACGAAAGACAGCCGAGAUUAUUGCUCUUCUGUAUGAGGCUACUCAGGGUCCACCUCUUCCUCUUGACCAACCACCUCUGCUAAAUCCCACGGGGGGUGUAAAGGGUAAACGGUCUUUAAGUGGCUUGGAGUAUAAGAAGGAUCUCUCGCGUCCUGGUGGAGGAUUCUUCGUUGCGCAUGGUGAGGCUCGCAGUGGUGAUUACGAGGAUGUACCUCGGGGCACGAUUGUGACGUCAUCUGAUGAGGAAGCAGAAGAGGCGAACGAGAAUUCGCAACUCCGCAGCUCAUCAAUGGUCACCAUAACCCCACUUCCGGCUGCGCGUGGGGAUGGGGCUAGCUUCCCUAAUAUGAACCCUGCGUUGAAUAGCGUCAAGAGUGACACGGCUAGUAGCGUGCAAGUGCUUAACGUGCUUGACGUUCCGCAGGCGUCGAAUACGCUGGAGCAGUUCGCGAUGGCUGAUGUUGGCCUCCUUGAGGGAAUUCCUGGAGGUAUGUUUGAUUGGGGUCAAUGGGACUCAUUCUUCUCCCGGUUCAAUCCAUCUGUCGCUGGAGUUGAAAAUCGAUCAAUAGGUGCAAACGCACCUUCGGUGGUUCAGUCUAGUCAGACUCGUAGUUAG